AUGGGCGUGGACAUGUCCAAUAACCCACCUCCAUCUUCUCACACUAAAGACUUCUUCGCUUCUCCGGCUCUUUCUCUCAGUCUCGCUGGGAUUUUCCGGCAUGCUGGGGAAACGGCUGCGGUGGCGGGGGCCGCCACGUCCAGCAGAGAGGUGGAGGAGGGGGAUGAAGGGAGUGGCGGGGGCCGACGAGAUGAAACAGUGGAGAUUAGCAGCGAGAACUCCGGCCACACGAGAUCCAGAUCGGACGAUAUUGAUUUUGAAGGAGAAGGAGAGCAUGACGACGAUGACGGCGGCGACGGAGAUAAGAACAAGAAGAAGAAAAGGAAGAAGUAUCACAGACACACUGCUGAACAAAUCAGAGAAAUGGAAGCGCUUUUCAAAGAGUCACCCCACCCUGAUGAAAAGCAAAGGCAACAACUUAGCAAACAAUUAGGCCUUGCUCCUCGACAAGUCAAGUUCUGGUUCCAGAAUCGUCGAACCCAAAUCAAGGCAAUCCAAGAGCGUCAUGAGAAUUCAUUGUUAAAGACAGAAAUCGACAAACUGAGGGACGAAAACAAGCAAAUGAGAGAGACCAUCAACAAAGCUUGCUGCCCAAACUGUGGCAUGGCCACCACCAGCAGAGACACCCUCAUGUCCACCGAAGAACAACAACUUCGUAUCGAAAAUGCCAAACUCAAAGCCGAGGUGGAGAAGUUAAGAGCGGUGAUAGGGAAGUACCCACAAGGGACAGCGUCGCCGUCGUGUUCGGGAGGGAAUGAACAAGAGUGCAGGAGCUCGUUGGAUUUCUACACUGGUAUAUUUGGGCUUGACAAGUCCAGAAUAAUGGAGAUUGUGAAUCAAGCCGUGGAGGAGCUGGUGAAAAUGGCGACCGUGGGAGAACCAUUGUGGGUUCGGAGUUUAGAGACUGAUCGGGAAAUUCUGAACUAUGAUGAGUAUGUGAAGGAGUUUGGGAACAACAAAGUUGAAAGUUCAAGCAGCCGUGGAGGAAGACCCAAAAGAUCCAUUGAAGCUUCCAGAGAAACUGGCCUUGUUUUUGUUGAUCUCCCUCGUCUCGUUCACAGAUUCUUAGAUGUGAAUCAAUGGAAGGAAAUGUUUCCAUGCUUGAUAUCAAAAGCAGCAACUGUGGAUGUGAUAUGCAGUGGAGAAGGAGCUAACAGAAACGGUGCCGUUCAUCUGAUGUUCGCUGAGCUACAAAUGCUAACGCCAAUGGUGGCCACAAGAGAAGUUUAUUUCGUGAGGUACUGCAAGCAACUCAGUGCAGAGCAGUGGGCAAUUGUGGAUGUGUCAGUGGACAAGGUUGAAGACAACAUAGAUGCCUCACUUGUCAAAUGUCGAAAAAGACCCUCUGGCUGCAUUAUUGAAGACAAGUCUAAUGGCCAUUGCAAGGUAACGUGGGUGGAGCACUUGGAAUGCCAGAAGAGCGCAGUCCACACAAUGUACCGCACCAUUGUGAACAGUGGCAUGGCUUUUGGUGCAAGGCACUGGGUUGCCACCCUCCAACUUCAAUGUGAACGUCUGGUUUUCUUCAUGGCCACCAAUGUUCCCAUGAAGGAUUCAACUGGUGUUGCAACGUUAGCAGGAAGGAAGAGCAUUUUGAAGCUAGCACAGAGAAUGACAUGUAGUUUCUGCCAUGCCAUUGGAGCUUCGAGCUUCCAUACAUGGACUAAGGUCACCAGCAAAACAGGGGAAGACAUCAGAAUAAGUUCUAGGAAGAAUUUGAAUGAUCCUGGGGAACCUCUAGGGGUGAUCUUAUGUGCAGUUUCUUCUGUGUGGCUGCCAGUUUCUCCUAAUGUUCUGUUCGAUUUCUUGAGGGAUGAAGCUCGCAGAUCUGAGUGGGAUAUCAUGUCCAAUGGUGCCUCAGUGCAAUCUAUAGCGAACUUAGCCAAAGGACAAGAUCGAGGCAAUUCAGUGACCAUCCAAACAAUUAAAUCUAAAGAAAACAGCAUGUGGGUACUACAAGAUAGCUGCACAAAUGCAUACGAAUCAAUGGUAGUUUAUGCUCCAGUUGAUAUCACUGGGAUUCAGUCUGUGAUGACAGGAUGUGACUCUAGCAAUCUAGCCGUACUUCCCUCAGGCUUCUCAAUUCUACCUGAUGGGUUGGACGCUAGGCCAUUGGUCAUAACUUCGAGGGAGGAAGAGAGAAACACAGAAGGAGGAUCUUUGCUCACAGUGGGUUUCCAGGCCCUUACUAAUACAUCUCCUACAGCUAAGCUAACAAUGGAGUCUGUGGAAUCUGUCAACACUCUUGUAUCUUGUACAUUAAGAAAUAUCAGAACCAGUUUACAAUGUGAGGAUGGUUGAUCAAACAUGAAAUUCAUAUUAUUAAUAAUAUUAGCUAGAUAGGUAGACUUAAGUUAGCUUUCAUACUCAUAGGCUUUCUUCCUAGUUAGAGCUAGUGUUUGGUUCAGCAAAAAUAUAGCUUAACUGCGUUUCAGUCAUCCCUUAUUCUGGGUUUUUUCAUUCAUUGUUCUUGUUGAAAGGAGGUCUUGCAGUAAAUGUACAUCUGAAUCUGGCGUUCAAUAGAGAGGAGCCACCAAAGCUUUUAGAACCAAGAUAUUUAAGGAUGUCUCAUGUAUAGCAUUAUUAUUUUAUUAAUGAAAUGUGGCUUUUUAUUGUUU